AUGUCUCGAUUCUUUAGACGAUUCAUGCCCUGGUGGUGGGAUCUGGUGGCAGAAGGUCGUAGAGACCGUCCUAAGUCCAUUGAUAAGCUUCGUGCCAAGGGCGCUCGUAUGGCCAACUUCAUUCAGUAUCCCGACCUGGCGGAUUGCAAAGAAUACACCCAGGUCACUUUUAACCGUCUUUCGACAAUGGCCAAGUUCCGAUCUCAGCAUCUCCCAGGCUCUCCUUCACCCCCUCUUGGUGGUCUCGGUGAACUGAUCGAUCUGUGGCUUCAGCCAACUGUGCCCGACCUUAGAAGCUGGCGCCUCACUUUCCGUGACAAUGAUGGCCGCUAUACGGGUCGGACUGGCCAACAUGUGAUGAUUAUCGACUAUGUGACACGCCCCGCAAACCACCCAACAACGCCUCAUGUUGGCGCUGUGUUCAAUGCGUUGUAUCAACACACCGAAGGUAGUCUCGACAGCCUGCGUCAUGUCUAUCUUGCUUAUGUAGUGAAUCAACAGACGCAUAAGCUUUUGAAAACCUAUGGUCGUGGUAUUCAUCUAUUUGUUCAUGGUAGCCCCGAUUAUGAGGCUAUUCUGGGUACACGGACUGGCUGCAUGGUCGCAAGCAUCAUUCUCGGUGGGUUCCCUCGCGGCACACGCCGAAUCACACAGAUCGCAGGUAACGACCGCACGGGUGAAGGAUACUGGGAUAUGCGCUUCGAUAUUGAAGCCAUUUGA